AUGCAGGACCGAUAACGGCGUUUCAUUGAAUGAUAUCCAAUACAAAGGCUCAAUAAUACAGGACGAACUUAUAAAUAUACUUCUACGGUUCCGAAAGUACCAAUAUGUUAUUAACGCUGACAUACAAAAAAUGUACAGAUGUAUUUAUUUAAAACCAAAUCAACAAUACCUACAAUGCAUAUUUUGGCGUGAAAAUACUCACCAACGACUCCAAAUUUAUAUGCUGACUACAUUAAGUUUCGGCUUAAAGUCAGCACCACAUAUUGCAACCAGAUGUUUGUUACAAUUGUCAAAGGAGAACCAACACACAUUUCCAGCAGCUGCAGAGGCCAUAGCGAACCAGUUCUACAUGGACGAUUUUAUCGCCGGCGGUGACGACGAGAAUCAGGUAGCCGAAACUGCAUCACAGGUGAACGAGAUCCUGCGAGGAGCCAACUUCACGCUGCGGAAAUGGAAGUCCAACUCCGAAGCCAUCAUAAAACGGGUGAGCGAAACACAUACACACCAAAACACAUCUACCACCGAAUUUGGAGAUAAAACACAUAAGGUCCUGGGUUUAGCGUGGUCUAGUGACUCAGAUGAGCUUAUGUAUACCAUUAAAGAAAACCAAAUUUCACACCCAAUCACCAAAAGAAAGGUACUAGGGGUAAUUUCGUCCAUUUUUGACCCCCUAGGCUUGACAGGACCAGUCAUUGUAGUAGCCAAAAUAUUUAUCCAAAAAUUAUUUAAGGCUCAAUUAGAUUGGGAUACCGAAUUAACACAAGACUUGAUCCAAGAAUGGAACACAUUCUAUCGAGACUUGUUUUUAUUAAACCAAUUAAAAAUUUCGAGAUGUACAGUCAUACCUAAUUAUGUAACGAUACAAAUUCAUGGAUUUUGUGACAGCAGUAUUAAAGCCUAUGGCGCUGCCAUUUAUAUACGAUCGAGCGAUAGGGUAGGAAACGUCCAAGUUCACCUACUUUAUUCAAAAUCAAAAAUCACACCAAUUAAAUCCCAAACUGUUCCAAAUUUGGAACUUUGUUCCAGUUUACUUCUCGCAACACAUGUAGAUAAAGUAAAACGAGCAUUAAAAUGUGACCUUUCCGGAAUCAACCUGUGGUCAGAUUCAAAAAUAACUUUGUGUUGGAUUAAAAAUAGUAACCUUAAAUUAACUUGUUUUGUUAGUAACAGAGUCACAAAAAUAUUAUCACUUACAAACAAGCAAGACUGGUCCUGGGUCCGCUCGGAGGAGAACCCCGCCGACCUUUUGUCCCGAGGGGUAGCACCAGGCAAGCUGGAAACCAACCAGUUAUGGUGGUCCGGGCCCGCGUGGUUAAGCCAGAGUUCUGACACAUGGCCAACCCACGAUUCUGAGUCACUGGAUCACAUACCCGAGGCCGAGAGCGACGUAGACAUAACACUCACCUUGGCUAUUAACACAGAAUCUAACGACACGAUACAAUAUCUUUUUCACAGGUGGUCUAGUGAUAAAACACUUAUUCAUGUAUUAGCAUACAUACUUCGAUUUAUAUAUAACACAAAAAAUAAAACACGAACAAUUAAUCCAAAUAUAAAAUUAUCAGGACCAUUGUCCGUAGAAGAAUUAAAAACAUCGGAUCACACAUUAAUCAGACAUUCACAAAUGGAAUCAUUUCCACAUGAAUAUAAAUUGUUGCAAAAUAACAAACCGGUUCUUAACAAAUCCAAAAUAUUAUCUUUACACCCAUUCAUGAAGGACGGACUCAUUCGCGUAGGCGGACGAAUCGGUCUUUCGCAUUAUGCAUAUGAAAAAAAGCACCCUUUAAUACUAAGUCACGAACACACGUUUACCAAACUACUGAUGGAAAACGCACACGUACGUACUCUGCACGCUGGCCCUCAGUUAUUACUAUCUACUAUUCGCGAGCGCAUCUGGCCAACUAAAGGUAGAAUGUUAGCUUCAAAAAUUGUAAAUAAAUGCGUUCCGUGUUUUAGAGCAAAUCCAAAGACUACUAACCCUAUAAUGGGAGACUUACCCCCCUCGAGGGUAAACCCAUCCCCCCCCUUUGCUAUCACGGGUAUCGAUUAUGGAGGACCUUAUAACAUUAGAGAUAGGACAGGACGUGGUUACAAGGUCUAUAAGUGCUAUAUUGCAGUAUUUAUUUGUUUUGCAACAAAGGCAAUUCAUCUCGAAUUAAUUACAGGGCUCGAGUCAGCCAACUUCCUGGCGGCCCUGCGACGGUUCAUCGCCAGGAGAGGUAAACCGAAGGAGUUGGACUUCUGGCGGCGCUGGUCACGUGACUACAUCGGAACGCUGCAGGAGCGCACGAAGUGGAGGAGCGCGCGCGGCCCAAGCCUCGCAGUCGGCACCGUCGUCCUGGUGCGAGAAGAGCGCCUGCCACCCUGCCGGUGGAGGCUGGGCAAGAUCGUCGCGACGCAGCCGGGCCGGGAUGGCAUCACCAGGGUAGCCAUCAUCCGAACCGCCAGAGGAGACAUCCAACGCGCAUUCAAUAACAUAUGUCCUUUACCUACUUCGGGCCAAGUUAUAUAAGUAGUUAAUACCUACGAACCUAAUGU